AUGAAUGGCACUGACAUGGAGGAAAUACCGUUUCAGAAAGUCAAGACCAAGAGGAAGAAGUGCUGCCACUGCUGCUGCUCCCCGCCGGCUGCCGCGGCGUCGGGAGCGGGAGCCGGGUUAGGGGACCCCCCUCCCUUGCUGCUGCUGGAUGCCAUCGCCUGCGAGGAUGAGUUUGACUGCAAGGAGCUGGAGGCUCUCUUCCAGAGCUACAACCUGAAGCUGGAGCAGACGUCCACCCUCAAGGCGCUGGCCGUCCUCAUCGUGCUCACCGCCAGCCUAGCCCUGGUGGAGCUGCUCUCCGGCCCCAGCCUGACCAUCUCCAAAGGUUCGCACCCGGUGCACUGCAUCAUCUUCCUCUCCCUUUUCAUCGUCACUAAUGUCAAGUACCUGCAGGUCACCCAGCUGCAGCAGAUCGUCAAGCUCACCUUGCUCUUCAGCUUCACCUUCUCCUUCCUCUGCUGCCCCUUCUCUCUCGGCGCCUACGGCAUGGAGCCUCCCAGCGCCCCCGAGCAGGGCAUGUGGCAGCUCAUGCUGGUAACCUUCGUCUCCUACUCACUGCUUCCCGUCCGGACGCUGCUGGCCAUCGUCUUCGGGCUGGUGGUGUCCGUCUCCCACCUCAUCGUCACCGCCACCUCCGUCAGUGCCAAGCGGCAGCGGCUCUGGAGGACGCUUGUGGCCAAUGCAAUCCUUUUUGUCAGUGUAAAUUUGUAUGGGGUCUUUGUGAGGAUUUUGACAGAAAGGGCUCAAAGGAAGGCAUUCCUUCAGGCCAGGAACUGCAUUGAGGACAGGCUGAGACUGGAGGAUGAAAAUGAAAAACAGGAACGUCUCUUGAUGAGCCUUUUGCCCAGGAAUGUUGCAAUGGAAAUGAAGGAAGACUUCCUGAAGCCACCUGAAAGGAUUUUCCACAAGAUUUACAUUCAGAGGCAUGACAAUGUUAGUAUUUUAUUUGCAGACAUUGUGGGGUUCACUAGUUUGGCAUCACAGUGUACUGCCCAAGAGCUGGUGAAGCUGCUGAAUGAACUUUUUGGAAAAUUUGAUGAAUUAGCUACAGAAAAUCAUUGCAGAAGAAUAAAAAUCCUAGGAGACUGUUACUACUGUGUAUCAGGAUUGACCCAGCCCAAAACAGAUCAUGCCCAUUGCUGUGUUGAAAUGGGACUGGAUAUGAUUGACACUAUCACAUCUGUUGCAGAAGCCACAGAGGUUGAUCUCAACAUGAGAGUUGGAUUGCAUACAGGCAGGGUGCUUUGUGGGGUCCUGGGUCUCCGAAAAUGGCAAUAUGAUGUCUGGUCAAAUGAUGUGACAUUAGCUAAUGUAAUGGAAGCUGGAGGACUGCCUGGGAAAGUUCACAUUACAAAGACCACCUUAGAGUGCCUAAAUGGGGACUACGAGGUAGAACCAGGAUACGGUCAUGAAAGGAAUAGUUUCUUGAAGAAGCAUAAUAUUGAAACAUAUUUUAUUGUGCCAUCCCAUCGUAGGAAGAUAUUUCCUGGACUGAUUCUCUCAGACAUUAAGCCUGCCAAAAGAAUGAAGUUCAAGACGGUCUGCUAUCUGCUUGUUCAGCUCAUGCACUGUCGCAAGAUGUUCAAAGCGGAGAUUCCUUUCUCCAACGUCAUGACGUGUGAGGAUGAUGAUAAGAGGAGAGCAUUAAGGACAGCCUCUGAAAAACUCAGGAAUCGCUCCUCUUUUUCUAACAAUAUUGUAUACAGCACUCCAGGAACUCGAGUCAACAGAUACAUCAGCCGCUUGAUAGAGGCCCGGCAAACUGAGUCUGAGAUGGCUGACUUGAACUUCAUUACCCUGAAGUAUAAGCAAAUUGAACGUGAAAAUAAAUACCACCAGCUUCAGGAUGAGUACUUCACCAGUGCUGUAGUUCUCUCACUAAUUCUAGCUGCCUUAUUUGGCCUUGUCUACCUUCUAAUAAUACCACAGAGUACCGUAGUUCUUGUUCUCCUGGUGUUUUGCAUAUGCUUCCUAGUGGCUUGUAUUAUGUACCUACAUGUCACACGAGUACAAUGUUUUCCAGGGUGCCUGACAAUACAAAUUCGUACCAUUUUGUGUAUUUUUAUUGUGAUCUUAAUAUACUCUGUGGCUCAAGGCUGUGUGGUUGGCUGCAUGCCUUGGGUUUGGAAUACCAAUUCCAGCAGCUCAAUAGUUAUAAUUUCUCCUGGUGGAACAAAUAAAACAAUGAAUGAACUUCCAUGUGACACAGCCCACUAUGCUUUCCUUUCCUGUGUAGUGGGGACUCUCACCUUGGCAAUAUUUCUACGUGUAUCUUCCUUGCCAAAAAUUAUUCUCCUGCUUUUUCUUACAAUUUUGUACAUACUUAUUCUGGAACUCAGUGGUUACAGAAAAGCAGUGGGGGGCGGUUCCUUUUACAUGCGUGGCUAUGAACCAAUACUAGCUAUUUUGCUAUUUUCUUGUGCUUUAGCACUGCAUUCAAGACAGGUGGACUUGAAACUGCGUCUGGACUACCUCUGGGCAGUGCAGGCAGAAGAAGAGAGAGAUGAUAUGGAGAGAGUCAAGCUGGAUAAUAAAAGAAUUCUUUUCAACCUGUUGCCAGCCCAUGUUGCACAGCAUUUUCUUAUGUCUAAUCCAAGAAAUAUGGACCUUUAUUACCAGUCAUAUUCACAAGUGGGAGUGAUGUUUGCUUCCAUCCCAAAUUUCAAUGAUUUCUACAUCGAACUGGAUGGCAAUAAUAUGGGAGUGGAAUGUUUACGCCUGUUAAAUGAAAUUAUUGCUGAUUUUGAUGAGCUUAUGGACAAAGAAUAUUAUAAGGAUAUUGAAAAGAUCAAGACAAUUGGAAGUACUUAUAUGGCAGCUGUGGGACUCGUACCUACUUCAGGAACUAAGGCUAAAAAAUCAAUUUAUUCCCAUCUGAGUACCCUGGCAGAUUUUGCAAUUGAGAUGUUUGACGUUCUUGAUGAAAUCAACUAUCAGUCUUACAAUGACUUUGUCCUACGAGUUGGUAUCAAUGUUGGGCCGGUAGUGGCGGGAGUCAUUGGAGCCAGAAGACCACAGUAUGAUAUUUGGGGGAACACUGUGAAUGUUGCCAGCCGGAUGGAUAGUACUGGAGUGCAGGGAAAGAUUCAGGUGACAGAAGAAGUUCAGCGGAUAUUAAAAAGAUGCAGUUAUGAAUUUGUGUGCAGGGGUAAAGUUAGUGUAAAGGGAAAAGGUGAAAUGUUGACCUAUUUCCUGGAAGGAAAGGCUGAUGGAAAUAAUUCCCAAACACGGUCAUUAAACUUAGAGCGGAAAAUGUACCCUUAUGGGAGAGCAAACAUUCAGACAAAACUGGGCACCAGCUGUCCAUCCGUGUCCUCAGUUGCUAGCUUUCCUGUAAAACCUGGUCUUGGAGCAGGACAAGCAUCUGCCACUCACACAAACCAAACACUGCAUUAUCUUCCUUCUGUGCCAGCUGUGAAGGAGGCAUAGAACAAAGGAGAUUUGGUUGUGUCACUUGCAGUGAACUUGGAGAGCAAUGGUUGCCUGAAUUUUUACUAAGAAGUCAGAGGUCAUAGGCCAUGUCAUUAUCAAGGACCACUACAACCCAACCAAAGAGAACUUGGGGACUGUGUAAUGAACUCUUGGGAUGGAACAUAUAAGGGCUAGCAAUUCUGUUAUGAAAAGUCAAAAUGAGAUUUUCUGGAAAUGAGGCAUAUUUUCUUGGCAUUUUUAAACAGUAAGUGAAAAAGAACAGAUAAAUGUGCAAGCAAUUAUUUAUGUGUGUGUGUAUAUAUACAUGUUUUAAUCCAUAUAUGCACACAUACAAACAGUUCUGUGUAGACUUAAUAGAGAUUUAUAGAAAUGAACAUAAAAAUAUGUAUUUAUUUACACAUCUACCUGCAGAGACAUAACAAAGAGAUUUCUCUUUCUGUCAUAGCCAGAAUUGUUGGGCCUGGGAUUAGCAAAGCUGCAUUUAACCAUGGAAUGUGGAACACCUAAAGACUCUCCAGGGCUACAGUAAGACUUUGAGAAACGUGUUCCCAGUGUAUGAAUUAAUACAAUGAGAACAGUGUUUAUUGAGCUGUUAAUGGAGGAUUAAUGAAAACUGGAUUCAGCUAAUUACAGAACCCUAUAUAUUUUUUUUGUUCUCUUUGCAUGCUCUAAAAACUUACAAAAACUUACAAAAAACUUUCAAUUAAACCAUUACACUAGGAUAUAAAGUAGAUAAAUCACAGAGCUUAAAGUUUAUGCAAAAGAACAAUAUAUAUUCUUUCCAUUAAAAAAAAAAAUACAAGCGUGGUAGAGCAUAGAAUUUGCUGACUCUUUGUAGGUCAUUUGACUCUGUGCAAGACAGAGGAGCCACCCUGCAAGCACGGCAAUACGCUUCUGCAAUAUAGAAACAGUCCUGUAUGUACAGUGCUGAUUUUACUGAGGAGCAGAAGGAUGGUAUUAUUUCAGACUUUUAGAAAUAGCACAAGUCCUGUGGCUCAAGUCCAGGAUUUACCAUUCUAAACAGCUCAAGGAACAGUUGUGUACUGGAGGCAAACAUGCUGCUGCUAGUUUUGUGACAUUUGUAUGUUUGGCAACAUAGUUUUAUAUAUUAAUUGAUUUUUAAAUUUAUGCCACAGUUUUAUUACACCUUGAUUCUAUCCAGACUCAUUCUUCAAAGCUGUACAAUUAUAGAAAGCUAUAACUCUGAGAAACAAGCACAGUCAAACUUUGCCAAAUGAGGAGCAUUGGUAAAUGUGCCAGGAGAGCGAGGCCUGCUCUAAAUUUGCAUAAAAAGGAAAAUAUUGUGGCUGCUUUUUUCUCUACUACUGCCCAAAUCAUAUGGCUUAUGGUUUCAUACUGAAAUGAUGAUCUGGAUGUGAAAUGUAGAGUGCAACUCCAUAGUCAAGGUGGGAGCAGUUGAAAUCACCCUGCUGAGGGACAUGUACUCCAUGGACAUGUGCCAUUUUGUCCUGAUGGGGAUUCACAGGCUAACUAACCACCUCUGCUUCCCAAAAGAGAAGUAAAACUUUACGUUGCCUAAAAACAUGCAAAAUUUCCUUUUAACAAGCGAAACAAUCCACCCCCCCCAAAAAAAAACAAGAUCAAAAACCAACAACAACAGCCAAAGCCAAAAAAACCACCAACAAAAAACAACCCACAAAAGUAAAAACCUCACUCCAGAAUGCCGAAGUUUUACAGAUUGUACAACAGAAAAUUUUCAUGCGCUAAGUUUCACACUUCCCUUUGGUGGGCCUAUUUUGUAGCAGAUUUCAGUGGAAAGAAAGUUCUGAGAGAGCCCCCUCUUAUCAGCUUUUGCUUUGGAGCAGUAAUUUUUUGCAUUAAAAGUAUAUACAGCAUGUCGUCAAUAGAUGAAAAUGGUUAAAGAAAUGUUGCAGGAAUUUCUGCUCUCCACUCAGGAUACUGUGGGACUCCAGUGUUCUUCAGCAGAGUUUUAAAUUAAUUUUUAUGUACACUGUCUGCUGGGUGCUUCAUUACAAAGCUGCCAAAGUUAGUCUUAUGAUUCAAGUGACUGUAAAAACCUGAGAACUGCUUCUUAAUUGUACUGUACAGGUAAUAUGCUCCCUGAUUGAGUUGAAGAAAGUCACUGCAUUUCUUUAUCUCUCUAAGAGCUACCCAGUUCACAGAUAUUCUUCUAGAAUAAUUUAUUUCUGGUUUUGAGAGUUUCAAAUAAUUUUAAAAAUAUACAUACAUGUAGAGAACACAGAUUUAAAAGAAGAAAUAUUUAAAAAUAAACUGAGUAAGUAGUAUUCAUGUAAAGCACGCUGCACAGUUAUGUUCUCUAACAGGUUUGUAAGAACUAAAUAAUCAGAUGGGUAAGUCAAACAUUUAACAAGCUGGAAAGCAUUAUAUGCAAUAGCAUUAAUCACUCAGUUCCUCUGUCACAGAACCCAUUCUACACAAUUUUUGAAUUCAAUGAAUUUGGUAUAAUUUCACUGAUAAUAAUGAAAUAAAAGCAUCUUCUAGAUGAUCCUAGAAGUAGGAUCUACAUCCUGGUAGUAUGUGAAAACAUCGACCAAACAGACCCAUUUGCCCAUUUCAGUGAAAUUACUUAUUUGUUAUUCUUUUUAUUAGGCUCGAGAUAUAGGCAUCUUGCCAUUGUUCCUUUGAUCUUUUACUGAGUGGACAGUGAGCACAAAUUAAUUGUCCCCUCUGCGGAUAUUUUUGUGACUGUUCUCUUUACCAGACCAUUCCCAGUCUGGUAAUAUCAGUGGAAGAUCAUGUAGCAAGGUAAAUUUAGAUUAUUCAUGUUAACAUUUUAAAUUAUUAGCAGGUAAUAAUUAAUUAGAAUUGGCCCAAAGAUUUUCUAAGCCUAAUCCUCUUUUCCAAAUAAGGCAUGUUACUUUUGUAAAAAUCUUUUCCAUGUUGAAUGGAAAGGACCAGACAGGCACAGUCCAACAUCAGCUUCUCAUUCUGCGCUUUUGGAGGAGGUCUCUGCCUCCUAGAGCAGUUGAGUGGAUCAGGAUGGCUUCUUGGUACUGCAGGCAAGCUGGUAUGUAUUUCCUAGCUUACAGAAUCAAUAAUGGUAUAUUUGGAGUUGGUUUCCAGACUUUAAGUCAUAGAUUUAGAGAAUGCUUUGGGUCGGAAUGGACCUUAAAGAUCAUCUAGUUCCAACCCUGUUGCCAUAGGCAGGGACCAUGAGCCUUCCAAUAGACCAUGUUAACAUCACUCUCAUGAAGUUCAUUACCAUUAACAUCAUUAUCCUGUCAUUAAUACAACAUUUGUAUUAUGUUGUUGCUGGUUUUACCAUGGGGAAAAGGAUAUAUUACUUUGUAGUCCUGGACUGAGCAGUAUAAAUUUCUGAAGAAAGUUCAUCUAAUACACAAAUUAGUCAAAUACAAGGUAAAAAUGAUAGGCAGGGUUCAGCAGCCAUUUCAACAAUGAAAGCUAAGUGCCCAUUGAAAUCAUGAUAUAAUGAACUGUGCUCUUCCCUUUAUGCUUUCCCUCCCUAUUCAUAUAGUUUUUCUCCACUUUCCUGUUCUGUCCACAUUUGUUUAAUUUCAGCUCUUGUGUGACAGUUUUAAAUGGCAUAUUUAAUCUCUCAGCUCUUCUGUACUCUUUGACAUGUUUAAUAAGUUUUAUACAUGGAAAGAGGGAAAAUAAACAUGGAAUUAAUACUUCUGUAAACCUCAUAAAUGCACAUUUUCUGCCCGAUUGUAAGCAAAAUUUUUUUUUGUAAUUUUCCUAAGAUGGUAUGUGGCCCACUCCAAUAUCCCUGAAAAUCAUCAGAAGGAUUUCCCUGGAUUUCUGUGGAAUUUUUUUUUGUGCUUCAUGCAGUUGUAUUUCCUGUCUUGCAUAUAUUAAUUUUCUGGUGAAGCACUCCACCUUUUGCCUAGGUAACCUUGCUGCAGCCCCAUCAACGUCUCUGUCCCACAGAAACCAAAAGUCCCAAGUAUUCAUCUGAGGAUAGUUACUUGUUGAUUUGUGGGCAGAAUAGCCUCCUGUACUUCUGUUCACUGUUUUGUGCAGCUGUUAGCUUGAAAUAAUUAACAGAUACAAGCGCUAAAAAGCAGUGAUGCCAUUUUGGCAUGUCAAUGUCUGUCAAUAGCAAGCACAAUAUUUCAUGUCAGUUUGCAUGCUUUCUCUUUCAGAUAAUAGUAAUAAUAGAAGUCUUUAAUUCUUUAUAUAAACAUAUAAGUGUCAGAGAUCUUUAAUCUUGAGAGCUAAUUUCUAAAAAAGUAAUUUCUAAGUAUUCCUAUACUACCUUGAUCUUCAAGUGGUUUUUAAAUUCAUAUUCUAUGCUGAGAUUGCAAACUGGCAUUCCAUUGGAUUACUGGCUAGAUAUUUCCAAACAUAUUCCAUUUACAUUGACUAGAAAUCUACUUUACCCAGUCUGUGAAAUGCAUAUUUUUUUUGUAGCUGCUUUGCCCUGUGGCUAGUGACACUCCAUUAUCUUCACCAAACAAACACAAUUUUUCCUUUGCUUUCCCUUGGUGAGACUGAGAGCCAAAAACUUCAGGUUUUUAGAGCUGAAUCUGCAUCCCCUUAUGUAUCCAUAAGGCCUGCAGCAAUCACCAGUUUAAUUUGCUUGUAAAGGUCAGGAGUUGAGCUUCUGUAGGUCAAGUUCUGCCUUGGGUUAUAGCAAUGUCUCAUGUCAAUACUGAACUGAAUAUUUUACAGCACUGUAAACAAGAGUAGGUCAUGCACCGAAAUCUCUUUCACACUUUUGCCUGUAAUUUAUCUGUCAGGCAAAAUAAAGUAGUUGGGUGUCACUAUUUGAAUGGAAACAGUAUAUUACCUGUGCCAUUUCAGUGCUUUGAAGAGUCUGAAUACAUUAAUAAGUAGCGUGAAUAAUUUUCCUGCGUUGGAUUCCUGCUUGUAGCAGAAAGAAUGCAUUUUCUUUACAUCAGCAAGUCCAGAUUCUGUAUGUGUUCUGCCCAGGCAGGAGGACUAUUUAGCCAUAAUAUUCUUUCAAGUUAAGAGUUUUGUAUUACAGUGAAAACCAACAUUUUUUUAAUUUGUGAUAAACCUGUAUUAUAAUGCCUUAUUUUUAAUCUUGUACAGUGUUAAACAAGCAACAGAAAACAUUGGCCUUUCAUGUAUUAUUCACUUGAAAAGAUGUAUUGUACUAUGAAAUUUUGUAAAUAGUUUUAGCUGGAACAGGUAGUUGCAUGUACACUUGUAAAAAAAGAAGCAAAAAGGCACACUUUUAACAAAAAUGAAUGAUUUUUGUAAGAGGCAUUUUACAUAUGCAUGGAGAUUAUAUAUCCUUUUAAAAUUGAUGUAUUUUUUGGUUUUCCUUGCAAUCUACUGCAUGCCAUUCAUGCCUGACUUCAGUAAAACAAAACAGUAUGUUUCCUUAAAUGUUUUUGACAUAUCACUCCUGGCACAGUUAAAUCACUAGUUGCAUGUGCAUUCAGCUAACCAAAAUACAAUCAGCAAAUAAAGAAGAAAAAUCACUUCAUGAUUGUGAUCUGCCAACCUCAGUGUUUCAAGAUCCAUAACACAGCAUAUGAAAAGUGUUAUCUCUAAGCUGUCUUCAUAAGGUACCUUCUGGUCAUUAGAAGCAAUAAACUACUUUCUGUAAUAUGAAAAGCAAACCAAUACUCUAGUUCAAAAUGGUGUGGUAUCUGACAUUCAGUGGUUAUUCUCUGAUACUGCACUUGAUGUAUCAAGAAGGUCUAGGUGUCAAAUCCAUCUCUGCUGUGUGCAGGUGCAACACUAUGGAAGGCAAAGAAGGUGAAUUUGGCCCAUUCAUGUUACCCAGAGUGUAUUUCUAAUGGGAUAAUAAGUUAUUGUAUAUGAAAAGUACAUAAUUCAAAUAGGUGGUUUUCCUGGAUUCAUACAUACAUAUAUAUAUAUAUAUGUGUGUGUGUGUGUGCAUAUAUAAAUAUAAAUAUAUACAUAUAUAUAAAUUAAUUUUGUUGCCUUAUUUCUGUCAGAUUUUUUACUUAUUUUUCAAAUAGUUUAUAAGCAGAAAGUAUUUAACAAAACUAUUCAGAGAAACUUCAUAGCAUUUAUCUAGUUUUGAGCCAUCUGAAUUCUCUGCUGAUUCCAUGCUUCCAGAGAUGCCUCCUUUAGGCAUCACAGCCUAGCCCACACCUUGAUGCUGAUGUCAGCUAGUGACAUUGAAAUAAGAAAUCAAUUUCCAAUCUUCUGUCUGAUUUUUUCCCAUAAAGCUGAUGAACAAACUUAAAAUUCUGAAGGAAAACUUAAAAUUCUGAAAGUAUUUUGCUCACUUCCUUUUUAAAGUUGUCAUAUCCAUGUCGCAAAAACUCAGGAUUACUUCUCAAAUUACUUAUAUAAUUGCUGUAAGGAGUAUUUGAGGAGCAUAACACUGAGUCUUGUGGCAAAGGGAAAAGGGUGUAGACUGUGAAUACUUUCUGCUUUGGAUAAGGAUUUGCAUUUUACAAUUUGAGCUAGUGUUAUAAUAGAACUCAGAAAUCUGUUAAUUUUUUUGUUUAAUCAGGUGACCGUAGGGUUAACUAAGCAGCACAGCUUCUGCAAGUACUUUUGUAAUCCUAAAUUAAUAGGCAGGUUCAUACAAUAUAUCCUUGUUGCCUGCAUAGAAAAACUACUACCUUGUACCGAUGAUUGUCUUCAUUAUAGUAAAGGGUUUCUAACAGUCAUAAACUAGCUCAUCUCAAAUUCAGUGGGGUUUACAUCUCAGUGUGGUGUAAUUGUUGUGAAUAAUGACAAUCUGGACACUUCUCCUGUACCCCACCCUGUUUAUGAUUGCCACUUUCCAGAACUCUGUAUAGGCAAUUUUUAGAUCAUUGUUCAUUUUAAUCCCAUCUGUCACUGAGUUCUCAGGCCAAAUCUAAAUCAUUAAUAAAUAUAUUAAGAUAAAUAAUGGGAAAUGUACAUAUAAGGGAGUGGCUGCCUGUUACUCUUUAAUUCCUCUUCAAAAUAUCACACUGCUUGGGUGGCCUGAUGUGAUUUACAAUCUGAUUGGUGCAAGGAUAAAAAGAAGGAAAGAAGGAAAAAAAAUGGGCAAAGUUAGCAAGAGUACAAAAAACCAAAAAAAGUAGCCUGUGAGAUAGCAAUUGCUGAAAGAAAAGGGUGAAAAGCCAAUACUCUUCUGAAGUAAAUGGUAAAACUCAGUGACAUGGAACAAGUCUGAAGUAUGACCUGGAAGUACUUAACCAGAUUCAUAGUGCUACAAAAAUAAGGCUUGUGUUUAAUUGCAUGGUCAAAUCAGUUUCUUUGGUUUUGUGUCACAUUUACAAAAAUAUUCAAGGUGUCCUGGUGAACCACUUCUAGAAUUUCAAAAGGAAUUAUUAGAAGUAGUUGGGGGUUGUCACCUUUAAUAUCUAUUUUUUGAUCAUUAGGAAGCACCUUGGAAUUCGAAUUAGCAUUGGUUAACAAAAAUAGUGUAAGUCCUGAAAGGACUUGGUUUAGCUUGUGCCUUACUGCAUGCUGGAGGAUCUACUUCUUUAUAUUAGGAUCCCCAUUGUAUGCCUUCUGUGGCAUCCGACAUUACACACCUGCAUAAAACUGAAGGAAAGAAAAAGUGAUGCAUCACUGUGAAGAUUUUUUAUUAAUUCCUUUCCUACUUGGGUUUACUGCCAGUACAGCUAUGUGAAUGCAAGGAGCGCUCCCUUUGUUUGUGGAGGGAGGCCAUACACAGGUAUAUGCAGGCCCAAGCUGAAAAGAAUAGGUUUCCUAGAAAGCUCAGCACAUACAGUGAGCUGAAUUCUGCAGAAAAUAUUUUCAGAUAUUUGGGGACUCCUAUCAAAGCUAGCUGCUCUCCUCUACAAAACACCUUGUAACUGCACUGUCAGAUUUGCUAGAUGUAGGCUAGCCUGCUGGUGGUAAAACAGCUAACAAAAGGUUCUUGCUGUGGGCUAAAGUGGGCUUUAAUUACUGUUGUUAUGCACACUAUCAUGUCUUACUUUCAAGUGCCUGACCUUCUGCUUUAAUCCAAGACCUGUCUGUAGUGGCAUCAGUUAUGAAAACCUUCAGCUGGCACAUUGAAGUUACUUAGGUGUUUUCUCAUGUCUUUUGCUGCUUAGUGCACAUGGGUGCAAAGGUUGUCUCUUUCAGACAGAUUUCACAUGCCAUUUCAAGAAAUAUAUCAAGAAUUUUCAAUUAAAUGUAAAUGAAAAAUAAUUAUCUGUUCCAUCAAAAUUGCUUCAUGAUAAUUAUAUUUUUAAUUGCUACAGUAGAGAUUCUUCUUCACUUAGAAUUUCUGCUUUCUUUACAGUAACAUUACUAAGGCUCAAUAAGAAAAAACAAAGAAGAAAAGAAUAAGUUAUUGCAUAACUUGCUCCCAUUUGCAAGCAUAAUUGUCUGUACAAAACUGAACUUAGAGCAAACAGAGAGUUUCUUUUCUGCAUUCAAACUCCUGGUUGUUACAGAGAAGUAGCUUUGAAAAAUACUAGAAAAUACAGUAAGAAUGAAAGCAAUGCUUACUUGUUUAAAAACUAGAAUCCAAGAACAGCUGCCUUUUCUAGUACAGUUAACUCAAUACAGAGAAUCUUAGAACAGUGAUAUUAUUUUCUUUGAAAUUCUGACAGAAGUUAAAUUCUGACACACAUUUCACAGUUUCAAGCAGAUUCAGUCAAAUUUGACCCAUCUCUUAAAAUGCCUGUCUUUAAAACUUGUGUGGCAAGUAACAUCUGUGUGAAUUGUAUCCUAUUGGUAAGUCCUUGUACUCUCUGCUGUCUGGAGGUUAACUUCUGCCCUGCUGGCAUAUGUACAUAGGGUCUGCUUGGAAAUAAGAUGCUCAGCAUUUCUCCAAUCUGUUAAUUGAAAAGAUGUAGAAGUGUUUUAUAAUUAAUGUUCAGCAGCCUAAGGCAGGAAGCAAAAGACUACACAGGGCUUGUGUUCUAUAAACAAAAUUAGUCUGCCUACACAUAAUGACAGAAUCCAUUAUAGGCUUAUUCAUAAUUUUAAGCAUCCUAGAAAUAUUUAAAUGUAAUAAAUAUCAUAGCAAUAAGAGGAGAUGAAGCUAGACAUACCUGCCUGCCUCUUAACACCACAUAAGUCUUCUUUGCAUGUAAAAUAUAUCCUACAGCUCAAAAAAUAGUGCUGCUUCAGAAACUGGUACCCAUUCUACCCUUAACUCACCCUCAGUUGUUCAAUGCCAUUAUAUUUUUGUUGAGGUGUUUACUGUACACUCAGGCCAGCCUUACCAUCUCCCUCUGCAGGUACUCGGUCACAUAGUUGUCAAACUUCUUUUUCAAAAAGAAAAUACGUUUUCAGAAAAUUUAUUUUUUUAUACAUAAUAGAUGUUUAGGGGAUUUACAUACAUAAUACAAAAUCUCGUUAGGAAGCAGUACAUGUGACAACAAACCUGAAAGGGCAUAUAAACAUACUCUGUGGUGGGAAUGCAGGCCCCAGCAGCUGGCAGCAAGCUGGGCAAUAAGGCUUCAGUAUGCCAUCGGCAAACAGGGCAGCAUCUCUGCUCAAGGGCCUGAAGAAGAGACACAGAUAAGAAAGAGUGGUGUAGAAUUCAUGUUCCCUAGUAGUUUACCAAGAAUAUGCAAACCCAUUUCAAGAGCAGUCAUGUUGUCUGUGUCUGGAAACCAGUCUUUACUAAAAUAUUAGAGGAAAGAUACAGGCUUGGAGUACUAUUAGGUUGGUUGAAUUGGAACAUUCAGCAAGAAGACUGUGAAAGAGCAAUCUUAAUCUACUUAAUCUGCAGAUGUUUGCAGCAAAUUCUGCCCUGCUUCUGGACUAACGUGAAUAUUUCCUUAGACUCAGUGGAUAAAAGCAUUACUUGCAUCAGGUAGACAUAUGGGAAAACCGAGGUAUUCUUCUCUGUAUUUAUUGUUAUAAAAGUUUUCACUGGAAUUUUUAGGUUUUUUUACAGCACAGUGAAAUUAAUGAAAAUAUGAACUUCAACAAUUAUUUAAUUUUUCAAUCAAGCCUUAUUCUACUGUCUAUUCCUCUGCCAUGUCAGAUGGGGUGUUUCCAGUGACUUCAAAUGGACCAGGAGGAAGCCUACUUUAUCACAAAAGAAACAUCUACAUAGGUAAAAUGGGUAGUCCUAACUUUAAGGAGUGAACAAGUCAAGAUGUCAUUAUUCCAACUUCUAUAGCCCACUGAACCUAUAAAUAAUCUUUUGAUCUUUAAAGCUAUACACUAUAUAUAUAUAUGUAUAUGUAUAUACAUACUACAAUACAAUAACUUAACACUGGGUAACUUCUAAUGAUAAAUUUUCAUUAAUAAUACGGGUCUAUUUUUAUGUAAAUAUAUUAUUGUAGAGUAUCUUCCAGUCUUUUUCAGGAUUGUUAAAUUGAGAAGAGCAAUUGAAUAUUUGUCCUAUUUUUAUGUUAAAAAGUGAAUGGACUGAAAUGUUAAAUGUGAAUGUAAAUUUCUUAUUGCAACUUUUAUACUGAGUGUUUGCACUAUUAUAAUUUCUGGAAUCAAAUUAAAAAUAAAGGAAAAAAUUGCUUGAAUAAA